AUUUUUAUUUACAGGAAGGUAUCUAAGAUAACGUUCCUUCUCUAUCUCUCUCCUUAGAGAAUGAGAAUUGAUAAUUGUUUGAUCACUACAAUUACCAAUCCUCAAAACUCCUGUCUUCUUCUUAGUAGAGCUUUCAUACAUUCCUUCAAUGGCGAUCCCUCAAAAGUGCCCUCACUAUCUACUUCCUUUCUCUUCCAUGCCGCAUCAAAGUCAAGCAAAGGAGGAACAACAAUCGGCUCAAGGCCUCACACUCUUCUCUGUUCCUUCCCGACCACCAAAACGUCUGCCGGAGUGGAGGAGGAACAGGAAGUAGAUGUUGAAGUGGCUGACGGCUACACAAUUACUCAAUUCUGUGAUAGGAUGAUUGAUUUAUUUCUAAAUGAGAAACCCAGAGCCAAGGAUUGGAAGAAGUAUUUGGUUUUCAGAGAUGAGUGGAAGAAAUACAGUGAUAGGUUCUAUAAUCGAUGUCAGUCUAGGGCUGAUGCUGAGACCAAUCCUCAAUUGAAGCAAAAGUUUGUUUCUUUAUCAAGAAAAGUUAAGAGGGUUGAUAAGGAAAUGGAAGUUCAUGCUGAACUUGUUAAACAGAUUCAGGAUAAUCCAACCGAUAUUAAUGUUAUUGUUGCCAGAAGGAGAAAGGACUUCACUGAUGAAUUCUUUCGCCAUCUCAGUUUACUGUGGGAGACCAAUGAAGGCUUGGAGGAUCGCGAUGCAAUAUCUAGAUUGGGGACUAGGUGUUUGGCUGCUGUGUCUGCUUUCGACAAUACACUGGAGAUUGUGGACACAUUCGAUACUGCUCAAGAGAAAUUCAAUAGUAUACUUAACUCUUCUUCAGUUGAAGUAGCUUGUGACAAGAUUAAAAGUCUUGCGAAAUCGAAACAGCUUGAUUCUUCUUUGAUCUUGUUAAUAAACAGUGCUUGGGCUGCAGCAAAGGAAUCAUCUACCAUGAAGAAUGAGGUUAAAGAUAUAAUGUAUCAUCUUUACAAAACCAUGAAGAGCAGCUUGAGAACCAUAGCCCCAAAGGAAAUAAAGCUGCUAAAAUAUUUGCUGAAUAUAACGGAUCCUGAAGACAGAUUCUCAGCGUUGGCUACUGCUUUCUCUCCUGGUGACGAGCAUCAAUCCAAAGAUCCAAGCGCAGUCUACACGACACCGAAGGAAUUACAUAAGUGGGUGACUAUAAUGCUGGAUGUUUAUCAUCUUAAUAAAGAAGAAACGGAAAUGAGAGAAGUGAAGCAGAUGAAUCAACCAGUUGUUAUAGAAAGGCUUAUGAUAUUGAAGGAGACAAUCGAAGAGGAGUACUUUGAAUGUGACUAUAAGACUAAGACUACUGCUGAGAGUGAGCCCGACGACUCAAACUCGAUCUUCGAGAGUUAAUUUGAUGGUUUGUUUGAUUUAGGAAAAACAAUGGGGAAGAUAGAGAUGCAUGUCAUUUGUUUAUGUUGUUUGUAGAAUAUAUUAUAUGAAAGAAAUGGGCUUAUGUUUCUA